UGCCACGUCAGACACAGUGCCACGUAAGCAGUGACACGUCAGCAGUGCCACAUCAGACACAGUGACACGUCAGACAGUGCCACGUAAGCAGUGCCACAUCAGACACAGUGCCACGUCAGCAGUGCCACGUCAGCAACAUGACGGGCCUGCAAGGCCAACUGGCCAAUGAGCCCAUUGCCGACUACAAAAAGCGUUUCCAGGCUCAGCUCGCUUUAAUCGAGGCUGAGGAACAACGCCAGCUGGCAGCCAAGGCUGCCCAGCUACAGGCUGACGAAGCGGCAGAAGCAGAGAAGCUGCGGCUACAGGCCGAAGCAGACGCAAAUGCCCAGGCUCGCCGCAAGGAAGCCCAGGAUCUGCUGCAGCGGCAUGAAGCCACAAGCAUCGACAGACUUAAGUUCUGGCACUUUGAACCAAACGGCGACGAGGGAACACCGGAAGAGCAGCAUAAGGAGUUUCUCUCCAAACUCAUGACACUUCUGUUGUACACUUGCAACUACCAACAGUCCGAGUUGGAGAAACAGUACCGGGACCUGACGCAACAGCAUCAGGAGUUGGCGACGCUCCACCGCACAGUGCAGGGCCACGAGGAUGCAACUCGGGCACUCAAUGCCCGAUUGCUGGACCUGGAACAGGCUGUACCAGGACCAGCUGCUGGGGCUUCCAGCAGUGCACCCUCUAGCCGCCAACUGGAGGAACGCGUUAACCACGUAGUAGCAAUGCUCGGCGACAUCAGCACCUUCGCUGUGCCGACCACCAUCAGCAGUCAGCUGCACACCUUGAAGACCGAGGUCCAGCAGCUGCAGUCGACGAACGCGGAUGGCAAUCCGAAGUUGUACAAGAUGCCAACUUUCCAACUGGACAAGUUCGACGACUACACGCAGCAGGAUCCGGUCCUCUGGUGGGAAGCAUUCACGACACAGCUUCGCAUUCUGCCUGUUGCCAAGCAUGCGUACAUCGGCGCCUUGUUCAUGAACUCAAAGGGCGGAUGCCAGACCUGGUUGACCCACCUGGCAACCUCCCACGGCGUCGACGUACCUGAUUUGAAGGACAAGAUCACAUGGGAGGAACUGACAAGGCUGUGGAAGAAGCGGUUCAUCGUCGACGACGCGCCGACACUCGCCAUCAACCGUCUGUUCACCAUGUCACAGGGCAACACUGCAACACGGGACUCGCUCACGGAGUGGCAGAAGAUUGCGGUGGUGCCCAAUCUGGACUUGCCAUUCACACAUCUCAGACUCCAGCCGGACAGUGGAGAUAACCCAGCAGCCACUCCAGCAUCAGAUGACGGAGAUCAGGUGGCUGUUGUCGAGCCGCGAAGCAACGAGUCCCGCAACAAUGGGAAGGCGAAACAAGCAUCCCAGACAGGAAAUGGACAGCUUCCAUGGGUCAAGUUCGGCUUGACCGAGGCGGAGUACAAGGUCCGCGGCCGCUACGGCAGCUGCUAUUGGUGCAACAACACCAAGCACAAGACCUCCCUGUGCCAGGAUCAGGGCAAGGAGGAUGUGCGACCCCGCCUCAGCUCGGGAAACCGAGCUCCGCGGAAGGUUGUCGACCUUCACGCCUACAUCGCGAAGAUCGACCGCGAGUUCAAGACGCAACGGUACGACGACAUCGACGCACCAUUGCUAUAUGUACGCAUUCAGAUCGGAGAGGCGACCUGCAACGCCUUGAUCGAUUGCGGAGCAUCUCGCAACUACAUCAGCGAGGACUUCAUGGUACGCGCCGGCCUUGGCCCACGUGUCCGGAGGAAGUCCCAGCCUACGCAAGUCACGUUGGCAGACGGUCAUACGCACGAGUCAAUCGACCGGUGCAUUGAUGCCGUCCCCGUGUACUUUGCCCCUCAUGCAAGUGAGGCGGUGUCCUUUGAUAUUCUGGACACCAAAUUUGACAUGAUCUUGGGCAUGUCAUGGCUGCGAAGCGAGAAUCACCCGUCGAAUUUGGACGAGCAUGUGAAACACCUGCGCACCGUUUUGGAGCGGCUACGACAGGCCAAGUACAAAGCAAACCGCGACAAGUGCGAGUUCGCACAGCAGGAGCUGGAGUACUUGGGCCACUAUGUGACGCCGAAAGGCAUCCGUCCGCUCGCGGACAAGAUCGAGGCCCUACGAGUGUGGCCCGAGCCCACCAACACCACGGACGUUCGUUCAUUCAUGGGGUUGGCGGGCUACUAUCAGCGAUUCAUCACCGGAUAUUCCAGGAUUGUUGCACCUAUGACGAGGUUACAGUCGCCAAAGGUGCCAUUCGUAUUCGAUGACGACGCACGCCGGUCAUUCCAAGCACUUAAGACGACAAUGCUCAUGGCACCCGUCCUUAGCAUCUAUGACCCCACCUUGCCGACGAGAGUGACUACAGACGCUUCCGGCUUCGGCAUUGGGGCAGUCUUGGAACAGCACGACGGCGACGAUUGGCACCCUAUGGAGUAUUUCAGCCACAAAGUGCCUCCCACCAACUCGCUUGAUGAUGCAAGGAAGAAGGAGUUACUCGCGUUCGUCAUGGCUCUCAAGCGAUGGCGGCACUUCGUCCUUGGGCAUCGUAGGUUCACAUGGGUUACGGACAACAACCCAUUGACCUACUACAAGACGCAGGAUACGGUGAGCAGCACGAUCAGACGAUGGAUGUACUUCAUCGACCAGUUUGACUUCACACCGAAACAUCUUCCCGACCGCUCAAAUCGCGCAGCAGAUGCACUCUCGCGAAGACCUGAUCUUUGCGCUAUGACACAUCAUGCCUUCACAUUCGACGAGGAGCUUCAGCGACACUUCAUCCGGGCAUAUCAGUUUGAUCCGGACUUCGCCACGCUCUAUGCACAACUAUCUUCGGAUCACCCUCCGGCCAGCCAUUACCGCAUUGUCGACGGGUACUUGCUCCUCCACUCGAGAGGCAAGGACUUACUAUGUGUCCCACGCGACAGUCGUCCUCGGACUCGCCUCCUCCGCGAGUAUCAUGAUUCGCGACUCGCCGGCCAUUUCGGAGUCAAUCGCACUAUUGCACGGCUUCGACAGCGAUUCCGAUGGCCUGACCUCAUUACCGAUGUCACUCGGUAUUGCGACUCAUGCGAAGUUUGCCGACGCAGCAAACCCCACAACCGCAAUCCCUACGGCGAGUUACACCCGACGCCUAUCCCACGGGAACCCGGUCUCUCCAGUGCCAUGGACGUCACCGGUCCAUUUCCUCGCGACAGGCUCGGGCACGACGGCAUCCUCGCGGUUGUGGACCGAUUGAGUAAGUACGCGUGUUUUCUUCCUUGCAAGUACUACUCCACGGCUCCCGAGCUGGCACGCCUCCUGCACACUGAUUGGAUUUGUGGCCACGGUGCACCAGAAGACAUUGUCAGCGACCGCGACACUCGUUUCAUGUCAGCAUUUUGGACUGCGCUCAUGCAGGAGUCCGGCACGACGAUGAAACCAAGUUCGGCUCGGCAUCCACAUAUAGACCGGCAGACGGAGCGGGCACAUCAAACCGCUCAAAUGAUGCUUCGUACGCUCAUCCGUCCGAACCAGAAAGAUUGGGUUGACCGCCUCCCCGACAUCGAGUUCGCCUACAACACUUCGGUGCACCCGACGAUCGGCGUGACUCCAUUCGAGUUGCACCACGGUGGACGGAAAGGCCGUAUCUUCGCCGGCCUUCUCCUCCCUCGACCAGCCGACAUUGACGCCGCUUGCUCCCCCACUUCCGUUCGGAAGUACAGGGAACUGUUGACUCAAGCCCGCGCGAACAUGCAAAAGGCUCAAGUCCGCAUGCAGCAGCAAGCCAACAGGCGUCGCAUACCAUGUCCCAUCCGCGCCGGUGAUCAGGUUUGGGUCUCCGCGGAAGAGUUUGCACUGGAACAGGAUGUCUCACGCAAACUGCUUCCCAAGUGGUUUGGACCUUGGUCUGUGACAGCAGCCGCGGGCGAUGAGCCCGAUGGCCCUUCAUUUGUGAUCAACAUUCCAGAGCAUCUGACGGUCCAGUCUUCCACGCCUCGAAGCUGGCAACAUACACGCCAGCCAAGAGCGACGACUUUCCGGGCCGACGAUCGUAGGACCCUCCUUCUAUGGAUGGUCAUCAGGAAGUUGACCGCGUCAUCACCGAUCGCAAGUACGGCAGCAAGCCGCGGCAGUACAAAGUCACAUUCAAAGCAUGCGAUCGUGACGACACUCGGUAGAUUUCAAGCGCAGAUUUGAAAGCAUCCGCACCGCUGAUCUACGCUCAUUAUGAAAAGCGCAGGUUAGCUCAGGAAGCUUCACGACC